AUGGACGGCAAGCUCGACCAGGUUCAGGAGGCAAUCCUGCGAGUCGCUACAUAUCCCCGUCGCGACUGGGACCUUGCUGUUGCCAGAGUCAACCCAGCCCGUCAUGGGGCCGUCCGGCAUUCUCUGCUGCGUCCUCCUGCUGGCCCCGCAGCGACUCUCGGCAGACUUGAUAUCUUCCCCGCUGAAGUUCUGAACGAGAUCUGCCUUCACCUUGAUAUCGCAUCGCUGUUCUACUUUCGCCAUGUCAAUAAGCGGGCCUCUCAGGUCGUGCACGGCUUACCGUCGUAUCAAUUUCUGGUCGAUCAUGCCUUCGACGCCUGGUGUGUGGUUCUGAGAACCGGCAUAGCACCGUACUUCCCACUACCUCAUCUUACCGCCGCCCUUCACACAGAGAACUGUCGCCUCUGCGGCUCAUUCGGCGGAUAUGUCUUUGUCCCAGCUCUGAUCCGGUGCUGCCAGACCUGCAUGACCUCCUCGCCUAAACUACGCGUUGUAACAGAAGCAAGCCUGAAGAAUUAUUUCCCCAACAAGCCACUCUCCCAAGUCGCUCGAAGAGUGCCAAUGCUCAAGUCGCUAUCACCGAAAUACGCUGGACACCUAGAAGCGCAGAAGCGGGCCACGUACGUCCUCUCAGAGCAGCAGGUCCUCCGCGAAUGUCAACCCAGAGGCCCAUACCACUCCAGAAUGGUCCAUGAAGAAGCACCCUUGGCGCGCGAAAUGGCGACUACGGGAAUGGUGUUUGUUGAUAAAGCUAGCGGUAGGGUCGAAGAUGGUGUAUCUUGCUCGGGCUGCCACGUUGGGUAUGAGGCCGCACUUGAAAGGGCCGAUCACGAGCAAGUUAGGAAGCACAUGCGGGUCCUCGGAAAGGUUUACUCUCAGCGAGGUUUCCUCGACCAUUUCAAGGCCUGCCCUAAGGCUCAAGAAUUGUGGGAAUCGAGUCAAGGGGGGACCCGUCCGGUCAAGCUGCCGAUGUACGUUCUGUUGACGGAAAAGACCAUGAUGCGUUAUGAUUUGUUAUGA